AUGGAAUUUAUCAAUGCUUAUUUCCUCUCGUCACCGGCCUCGGUCUUUGUGGCUGUAGUGACUUUUGCGUUCCUCGCGGUUCAGGCCUGGCCACGGAAGCAGACCGAUAAGAUCAGGAUCAGUUAUCCGUCUACCAGAGACGAAAAGGCUUCGGAUAUUACGGUUUCUAAAGAGCCAGAGAUUCCUGAGGGGUGGUGGUCCAAACGAGAAUCCUGGUUGUACCUUGUACACAUUAGUCAGUUCUCCAAGGCAGGCGCCUAUCAAUCCUUUGACAUCGCUGGAUUCCCGGUGUUUUUGAUUCGCGGCAAGGACAGCAAGAUUCGCGCGUUUCAUAAUGUUUGUCGGCACCGUGCGUAUACCAUAACCCGGAAAGAGACUGGUAAUUCCACGGUUCUCGGUUGCCGUUAUCAUGGCUGGAGCUAUGAUACCACGGGACGAUUGGUGAAAGCCCCGCAGUUUGAUGACAUUCCUGGAUUUGAUAAGUCUGAGAACAGCCUGUUUGAGAUUCACACGCAUACUACUGAAAGUGGUCAUGUGUUUGUGAAUCUUACUGCUACAGAUCCGGACCCUUUUGAUAAGCCUGCUCAUCUAGCAUUGGAGGAAUUCAGUCGCACUGCUAGAGCCGGAGUAACUUCUAAAUUUAUCAUUGGGCAGACACUGUCCGGACAUUUUAACUGGAAACUUGCAGCAAGCGGACGUCAAUUCAAUGCCAUUCUCCAUCAAUUAGAACAGCGCGUCUCUGAGGCAAUGCUACCUUCUUUGGCAACAACACUCAUCAGAAUGAUCACACAAAAGAACAAGCAAGCAGACUCCUCCUUCUUCCCAAAUUCAUUCUUCUACUCAUUCGAGAGUUCGGAUCUUUGGCUUUCAGUGACCUUCCUCCCGUCAUCUGAGACAACUACUCAAGUCCGCUAUGACCUCUUUAGCUCAUCAUCUGAGGUCAAUACUAAGGGAAAUGACUUGGCCAAUGUCAUUGAAGACGUAAUGGAGAAUCUCGUUCAAUGUAUUCAAGCUGAGUAUCGGACCAUGAGCGAUGGACCGGUCGAAAGCUCGCAGUCUACUGGACGGAUUCUACGAACGAUCCAGGAACAUUCGAAGAUUGAGAGAAUGAAAGGUGGACAGAUCCUUCCCGCUAUGCAUAAGCCAAAGGGAAGCAUGCUUUUCCAGCAAGCUGAGCAAUUAUGCAAGGAGAUUGAAUGCUCAGGUCCAGGCUCUAAUGGAUCUUCUUCGGGCGGUCUGGAUUGGUAA